AUGUCCUAUAAGCGCGUGCUGUUGUACGGCGGUCGUGGGUGUUUGGGAUCUGUUUGCGUCAAACAUUUUAAAAAUAAAGGUUACUGGGUUUGCUCUGUCGAUUUCCAAGAGAAUUCUGAUGCUGAUGAAAAUAUUGUUAUUGAAGUUUCGGAGAGUAGUUCUACCCAAGAAAGAGUGGUGAAGAAUGGUUUAGAUACGUUUCUAAGCGGUCGAAAAGUUGAUGGAAUAUUCUGUGUUGCAGGUGGAUGGGUCGGUGGGAGUGCUGCUAGCCAUGACUUUUUGGAGAACUGUGAUGCAAUGUGGAAAAAGUGUGUUUGGUCCUCGUCUAUUGCUGCCGCGUUGGCGUCAAAGUAUCUUUUAGCCAGUGGCCUACUAGUCCUUACCGGCGCACAUGCUGCUUUACAAGCCACUCCAACUAUGUUGGGUUAUGGCAUGGCUAAGGCUGCAGUACAUCAGCUUACAAAAAGUUUGGCAGGUCAAAACAGUGGGCUUCCGAAUGGUUCUUGUGUGCUUGCUAUCUCGCCAGCAACUUUAGAUACUCCAAUGAACAGAAAGUGGAUGCCUAAUGCCAACCAUUCGUCUUGGACUCCUACAGAAAAAGUCGCAGAAUUAUUUGCUACAUGGUUGGAAGAAGCUAACAGUCGUCCUAAAUCUGGAAGUAUCAUUCAGUUAAUCACACAAAAUGGUAUAACAGAAUGCGUCCCAGUUUAA